CCGUCCAUAUGGGAUCCGCGGUGAAAUCGGCCUUUGGUGGCCCAGCCCGGCAGCUGCUGUGCUGUAUCUCGGCAGACUUCGCCAAGGAAAAGGAUUCUGGCACUCCGAGAUGCCUCCGCCGAGACCGAGCGCCACAGCAAGUCCAAAAGCAGCAGAACAAGCGGGAUGCAGUUUUUGCUCAACACAAGGCCGAGCGCGCCUCCAUGAGGGCCCACCUUCGGGAGAAAUAUCAACUGCCCAAGAACCGGACAGACAAGAAGCAGUUGGAAGCGGCCGGGGUUAAGACGAAGCUCCCACAAGACUUACUGGCUAUCGUGAAUCCCAAGGCCGCCUCCGAACCUGGCUCCAUCUUCCCGAAUCUCGGUGGUUUGGAUUUCAGCGCCUGGCGGACGACUGCAGAAAGCGCGAUGCAUUCUCUACAGCGCCCAGUGCAGUGUCCCGUCAUGUGAGCCACCCUGGGUGAAC